AUGAUAGACAUAAUAAUAAUAAUAAUAAACUGCGAUAUGGGUGAGACGCCGCUCUGCGUUUAGACCAGCUCAGGCAAAGCCUGCGGCGGUGCGAUCACUUUCAGAGGUCAAAAUGGCCGAACCCUCUCCUUCCGCAGCGGAUAUGGAGAAGGAUCCGCUAAUUAAGAUGGCUGAGUGUCGCAUUUGCCAAGAGGAGGAUCCUAUUGACAAUCUCGAAUCACCCUGUGCCUGUAAUGGCAGCCUUAAGUUUGUUCAUAGAAGGUGUGUGCAACGGUGGUGCAAUGAGAAGGGAAAUACAACUUGUGAAAUUUGUCAUAAGCCUUACGAACCUAAUUAUACGGUUCCCCAACCACCACCCGAAGAGAUUGCUAUCGAUAUCAGUGGGUGGACCGUCUCCAAUACCUCAUUUGACUUGCACGACGCUCGCAUUUUUGCUAUGGCCGAGGCAGAACGACGCUUUUUGGAGGCUGAGUACGAUGAUUAUCAAUCUACAAAUGGUGGUGGAUCUGCAUUUCUUCGCUCGGUUGCUUUAAUUGUAAUGGCUCUUCUGAUCAUGAGGCAUGCAUUGGCUUUGACAGAUCCUGAAGAAACCGAUGAUGCUGAUGAUGAAUCUGCCUUGUUCUCUCUUUUUUUACUACGUGUUUGUGCGUUUCUUUUACCCUGUUAUAUUAUGGCUUGGGCCGUCAGUAUAAUUCAGCAUCGAAUGCAGGAACAGGUCAGUCAUUUCAGAUUUGAUCAUGUUUUUGAAUCUUUAAGGUUCACAAAAUUGAUGGAAAAAAUAAAAACAGGAAGCAACAGGAGCACUAACAGCAACCCAUUUUGCAUUUGUGCUUCACACGGAUCCAACCAGAGAGCGGCAGUUUGCAAGGGCUGUGGCUGCUGCUGA